GUCUUAAUUUUGUGGUCAGAGGAACUUUUGAGGCGCAGUGUCUUUUAAAUACUGAGUUUCCUUUUAAUGAGCUGGUAUUCUGUGUGUGGCGCUUCCCAAAAAAAUUGUGCACUAAGGGAUUUUACAGAUUUGAUACACAAGGAGUCACCUGCCUUUUGUUGUGGUUUGAAGGUUGUAUGUCGGAUAUUACAGUGUAUGGAAUAUUUAAAUCCUCCUGGACAUGAAUACAUAAGCCAGACAAUAAUCCUCUGUGAUUUGUAAGUGGUCUGCAUGUUGGGAUCUUGAAAUUUAAAAGAUUCUUCGGACAACAAAUUUUUAAGGACUGGAGAUAAAAUUGUUAUUUACCAUCCAGGUUGACCAAAGAGAUAAGGCGUGAAUGUAACACAGAUCAUCAAUAAUCAGAUCAUGGUGGUUUGAUAGCAUCACGGAAAAAAGAUCGAGAGAUCGGGCAGGAGGUCUAUACAGUUAUGAGAAACAUGCUCAUCCUACACACGUAAGGAAAAAUAAACCCCUGAAGCACAGGACAGGUCUAAAGAAAGAGAGAGUGUACGUACUUUCUAAACCAUCACAUCUGGUUCAUGUUGGAGGAUUUAAAAACAGAAGGAUGUGCUACAACAGACCGACCACUGAAUUAACUAGUGCCAAGCCAGGAUAGAUUGGUAUAUAUAUAGAGUGUCAUCUAACCUCACAAAAAGUGUUUUUUGGAAGUCAGGCCAGAAAUGGCAGAACUUAAGGUGAGAGUGGAUGGCGUUUCGCGAGUGGUUUGCGGUGUCACGGAAACCACCAGUUGUCAGGAUGUGGUGAUAGCCCUGGCCCACGCCAUGGGAAGGACGGGUCGGUUCACCUUGAUCGAAAAAUGGAGGGACAGUGAACGUCCUCUUCUUCCAACAGAUUGUCCAUUACAAGUUCUCCACAAGUGGGGAGAAUAUGCAAAUGAAGUUCAGCUUUUGUUGCACCAGUCGGACAAAAAGGAACAGGUUUCUCAACAGCAGCAACAUCUGAACAAAAUUGACCCUGGUCCCGUUCCCACAAAGGAAAAGGAUACCGGGAUCAGGAGAGUUUUGACAUUCAGUGGUGCUCACAAUUCCGAAGUGUCAAACCGUCCUCCGUAUAAAAUUCCUAAACAGCGACAGUACAUGGGCAGAAUUAGUGAGGACCAACAUUCUAGAUUAACCAAUGAGAUUACAAACUCUCAGCAGGGUCAAAGGUCAAGGGAGGAUGUGCAUUACAAACCCGAUAAUCAGAACUUUCAUCCUGCUUUUCGAGACAAAGAGAAUGUGUUAGUGAAUGGUGGAAAUGUAAAUUUUCAGGACGUCAAGAAAGGCUUGAGGCCUGGACAAAAUGGAAUAGUUCAUAGAUAUCCCACCCCUCCAACUGAACAAGUGCAAUCCCAACCCAAUGUUGUUCCUAAUAACAGAAUUGACCAUAGAAAUCCAAAACGGAUGGAAGCGAGGGUUAAUCCUAUUCAGAGGAAUUCACCCAGGACUACGCAUAGUGGUGAUCAGUCAGCAACAAGUGCAUUAUUCCCCCCUCAUUCAAAACAAAGAUAUAGUGAGGAGAGUGUUUCUAGGGGAGACCAGGUGAAUCGUACCAGGCAGCCCUCUCCUCAUAUAGACAAUGUCAGAGCUUCCGCCUUUCAGCGGGUUGUACCCAACAGACAGACUUCACCUUAUCGAUCAAAAGAGCCAGAAGUGGUUCCGGAUCAAAACGGCGAGGUGGAGGAAUAUGACUUAGAUAGCAACUUCCCCAAUCUUCCUAGAGAGAGGGUGAUGCUGGAGGAGUACCGAAUGCCUGGCGAUGGUCACCAUGACAACAGCCUCAUCGCAACAGAUCACAAGGAAAGGGUGAAACUUCAGAGAUUGGUCAGCAUGCAGCAGGAAAGGUUAAAGAUGCAGGAAUCCCAGAUCUCCAUCAUAGACACAGAACUUAGUUCCUUAGAGGCAAAGCAGAAAGAAGAAUCAGAAGAAAUCGAGAAAAUCACCAGCAAAAUUAAAGAACUAGAGGAUGUGACCAAAAAGUAUGAAGUGGAAAUAAGUGAACUAGACUCCACAUCUUGGGUGGAUAUUAUAGAAGCGGAGAAGCAAAAAGAGAAGAAAAUCCAUCUGGAAAUUAAGAUGAUUAAAGACAAAACAACCACAAAAACAACAGAGAUAGAAGAACUCAAUAGUAGGAUUCCUCAGGUUCAGAAAGACAUUGAGAAAGAGAAAACAGAAAUGGAACAAGAAGCAAAACAGAGGAAGGAGGAGGAAGAAAAAAUGGUGGAAGAAAUCAAAUCAGUGAAAGAAAAGUUGGAUGUGGAGAACAAGAAAAUAGACACUGAUAAUUCUGAGCUAGAGACGGUGGAAAACGAGCUUAGAGACCUACAGAACAAGCUAGACCAACAGAAGGAGGAAGUUACCUCCCUUGAGAAACAACUGAAAGAUGUGAACCUUAAAGAUUUUCAGUUUUCGCCUGGUCCAAAAAGGAAGAACAAGUCUGUGGAAUCUGGGGAAGCUGUUUUGAAGAUCCUUGAGGGAAGGAUGUCCCCCAUCAAGGGCCUCAGUGGAAAGAUCACCCCCGUGUUAUCUGUAGCCAAAGACCCCGAUGGCGUGUGGGUUUGAGAGCAGAAAGUGACCAUUGUAACUUUUAUCAAACCACUGACAGUUCAUUUCAAGUCCUAUGAUGUUCCAUUUCGUAAAACAAUUAUACCUAUUGGUCAAAACAUGAUAUAAAAGAUUAUUGUGUACAUGUAGUUCACAUUUGUAUGUUUACUGAAUUUAAUGUGCAAGACAUUUGUUUCUUGGCAAUUUACCGUUGUACAGUGUACAUGUAUUGAAGAGCAUAUUAUAGUGAUAAAAUUUCAAGUUGUUUCCAUAUUACCAUUAAGACUUAUUCUUGCCUUUUCUACUUGUCAGUGAUUUUUUUUCUCCUUUUUUGCAAGAUUAGUUCAUUAUGAUGAGACAUUUUCUUGUAAGAUUUGACAUUUUCUUAUUUUGAAUAGAACUGAAUCUGCCGUUCUAUUUAUGGAUUGUAUAAUUUUUCAAAAUUUUCUAUUUUUUACAAAACAUUAUGGUUGUGAAAAUGAGGUCUUUUAAUGUGAUAAUUUUUUAUUUUUUCUGUUAAUUAUUUCAUCUCGGUGUCAGCUAGGUUUGUGAUAUGCUUCUUUCUUCAUCAGUUUUUUUAAAGUCAAUGCAAGAAAAAAUGCAUAUGAAGAUGAGCUAAAAACUGUAAAUUAUAUUGGUUUUCAUUUUAAAGAAUAUGAAAAAAAAAAAUUAGGAUAUGUUGCAUACAUGUAUGUUGUUGAGUUAUAUUUUUCAAAAAAAAGUUGAAAAUUUUAAGAUAGAUUGAAACUCUGAUAAGAGAGAUAACUCUCCUUUGGAUAUAUAUGCCUUUUAAUGAAA